AUAUGUAGUUUGUCCCUCCGUAACUUGUGAGAUCUAAUGGGGCUUACGACACUAUGUUUCCUUGACGGGAAAUGGGUGGUCCUAGUACGGCCAGUAGCGCAGACCUGAACUCAAAGAUGGGACGUUCACAACUUGUUUUAAUAAUUUUUCGACUCAAAUAACGUUCAUGAGAUAGUAAGAUCGUACAUGGACUAAUACUGACACGAUUUAGCCCAUUAUGACCAUGGUGUCGGCAAGAAUGCUCCAGCUAUUUGUGCUUGCAUUUUUGGCUUCGGCUUCGUCCUCAGCAGAAACUGGAAGCCAUUUGGUGAUAACACCGCAGUCUCCAGUGCUACAGAUUGGAACUAACUUCACAGCUACAUGUGUGAUCAUUGACACAAUUGAAGCCACAUCAGAUGACCUGUACUGGAAUCUUUCCCAGACCAUUAUCCCAAGAAAUCAGUACACUAAGAUCAACGAGUCAGCACUUAGUGUCACCAUUCCAGUCGAAAAUGAGGAGUCAGAAUGGUUAUUUUGCCACUGCAAGGAAAAUUCUCCCUAUGUUUUCAUAAACAAGGGCAAAUUUAUUCAUGGGAUCCUCUUAAGAAAAGCCUACCCUCCAGAGAAACCGAAGAAUGUGACCUGUAUUGCAAUUCAGGAGGGGCAUUAUAUUUCAAAAGACUUCAAAUGCUCAUGGGAACCAGCAGAACACCAGACCAAGGAAAUGCCAACAAUAUAUACAUUACAUGUUGAAGUCAUCAUGGUCAAUCAGGCCUACAACGUGUCAACGGAAGAAAAUACUGCUACCGUGACAAUGAAUAGUUUCCCAAAUCAUUUGGCCCUGGAGAUUUGGGUAGUGGCUCACAAUGAACUGGGAACUGUAGAGUCUGAACGUCUGAAACAAGAGGCUAACUUGUUUGCCAAAACAAACCCCCCAUCAGAUGUUGAAGUCUUUUCAGAAAAGACAUUUCCCACAUCCCUUCUCAUAAACUGGAAACAACCCAUACCUAAACAAAUGAUUGCAUUAAAAUACCAAAUAAGGUAUUGCCGAAAUGGAUCUCACAGUUGGAUUAAUGUACCUGAUGUUGAUAUUGCCAAAGAGACAGAAUCUUUUAGACUCCAAAACCUGCAACCCGACACAGUUUAUACAACUCAAGUGCGCUGUAAAUGUGUCAACGAGGAAUAUGGGUAUUGGAGCAACUGGAGUGCCAACGUUACCAAGAAAACAUACGAAGAUAGACCAACAAGUAAACCGGAUUUAUGGACGAUAAUUACUGAAGGUGAAUGCAUUAAUGAGCGUCAAGUGAAGUUUAUAUGUAAGAAUCCUGUGUUUUCCAAUGGAAGGAUAACGAGCUACCAUAUAAAGGUUCAAACACAAAAGGAAAGUGUGAUGAAUAGAAAUACGUCGUGGGAAAAUAUUCCUGUCAAGGCUAACACCUUCCCUCGCCUGAAGUUCACUGACUUAAAACAGAUAACUCUGCUGGACAAUAUGACUGCUCGAGUGUAUGUCAGUGCCAUCAAUUCUGUGGGGAAGUCUCCUCAGGCAUCACUCGGUAUCCCAGAGAAAGCACUUGAUCUCGAUCCAGUGCAGGGGCUUAGAGUGCACCCACAAGGUGACCAACUUUUACUCAAAUGGAAUCAUCCCAACAAUACAGCUGUUACACAGUAUGUCGUGGAGUGGGUUAGUGCUAAUGACAUGGACUGGCAGAGGGAAAACAAAAGUACCCAACAAACAACCAUAAAAGGCAUCCUAGAGAAGUUUCUUUGCUACAACAUAUCUGUGUAUCCCAUAUAUUCUGGAUGGACAGGAAAACCAGCAAGAGUAGAAGCUUUUCUCGAGGAACGAGCUCCUUUGGUAGGCCCCUCUGUUCGACUGAAUGGUAAACCAGGACGAAAUGAAGCAGAGCUUGUCUGGAAUGAAAUUCCUCAAAAUCAACGACAAGGCUUCAUCACAAACUACACAAUUUUCUAUUCAAGUGGAACUGAAUUCUCAACAAUCACUGUUCCUGCUAACGUAACCUCAUGUGUGCUGACUUCACUGUCAGCUAACACCAAGUAUGAUGCCUGGAUCAGGGCAACCACCAAUGGAGGCUCAACAAAUGGCACAAACCACUCUUUUACCACCCAGAGAUACGCACCAGGGGAGAUUGAGAUGAUUGUGGUUGGAGUUAGUCUUGGCUUUCUCUUUGUGGUUCUCUUAACCAUGUUGCUGUGUAUCUACAAAAAAGAUGUGAUAAGGAAGAAUCUAUGGCCUUGGAUCCCAAACCCCAGAAAGAGCACCAUUGGAGACUGGUCCCCUGAUUAUCCUUUAAAACCGGAGACACCAAAGGAAAACUCUCUGUCUGGCAUCAGUGUGCUUGAUGUGGAUGUAAGUGAUGGAAAAUCUGUGUCUGAGGAAGACAAAACAAGCCUGGCUCUCAAGAAGGACAAAUAUCUGUCUGAGGAACACAGCAGUGGUAUCGGAGGCUCCUCUUGCAUGUCCUCACCUCGUCAGAGUGUGUCUGACAGCGACGAGGGUGCUGACAUUGCUGACACCACUGCCAGCACUGUUCAGUACUCUUCAGUGGUAGCCUCUAAUGGUUACAAAGGCCAGACCCCGAGUGCUCAACCUCAGCAGCUCAUUUUUUCCCGUUCAGAGUCCACACAACCACUCCUGGACUCUGAGGAGAACCCAGACCUUUUAGUGCAGGAAGGCAACAAAGCUUCCCAACCGUUCUCACGACUGCCUUGCUUCACACACAGUGAAUGGAACCAAGACAAUGGCACCUUUCCUGAGUCAAACCACGUGGAGGAGGAGCCACACCAAGUGCUGUUGCCGCUGGACACGUGUACCUCGGGAAAAGACAAUCAGCAGAAAACACUUACAGGUGGCCAAUCUCUCUCCAGCUAUAUGCCACAGCUUGGUGGCUAUAGGCCACAGUAAGAACACGUGCAGGAGAUUGACAAUAGAUCUGCCUGUGUUAAUGUUGCAUGGUCAUUUCAAGUUUUUGGUGAUUGCAAAAGACUAGUUCUGUUCUGUGUUCGCUCUCAACUAACCAGAACUAACCUUUUCAAGAAUAAUAGUGAUGUAUCGAGUAUAUUCCAGUUGAAAACCCUUUGAUUAUACUGUUGAAUUGAGAACAGCAAUAUGUCGGAAUGAUCACUGGAAGCCAUGCCCAAAUGCCUAUACAAAUCCCUCAAUAUCAAAGUUUGUCUGGUAGUAAAGAUGUAUGCAUGGUUGCCAUGUUGCUAUGUGUAUUUUAUACAGUGGAACCUCAAUUCAAUGGACUAAGUAGUGGAAGGGGUUGUCUGUUAGAGCCAAUUGUUCAUUACACCUAAGUAAUUUUUUUUCUCGUCCUAAAAAACCACACAAUGCAGUACAAAAUAAUUUUUUACUGUUUUUGUAGCUUAAAAAUUCCCAGUACAACAUUAUAGUAAAUACUAUAAAUAUAUAUAUAAAAAAAACUUCAAACUGUUUAAAAAGUAUUCAAGUUGAUCCAAACUUUCCUUAUUGAUGCUUGGGGAAGGAUAAUGGUGGGUGGUCACAGUCAAGAGCCACAAUGUUACUUUAUCACCUCCCUUACAAUUGCAUUUAAUUAAAUGCCAUUGAUAAGGUCGUUACAAAUAAAAUCAAUGUAUUAUACCCCGUCCCCCCAAAAAGCAUGUUCAAUAGACAUUUGCACGACGAGCACAAAAAAAUCAUUGAGCAUGUACAUAUUACACGUUCCUUAUGAGGUGUGCUUUCAGUGAUGCAAAUCUAAUCUCCAUGCUCUGUGUUUCCAUUGAAGAAAGUAUGGCACGGUUAAGAACUCAACAAGAACGCUUAAUCUGCACAAAACAUGUUAGGACAAGCAAUUUAAAAUCGCUUUU